AUGUUACUGAGGAAGUGCUACAUGGGUACUCUGGGUAGUGCUGCAGCCUGCGCCCGCCUCCUCUCUCUGGAACGCUCUCAGUGUAGCCACGCCCUGGCCAUCGCUGCCAGCCUAUCAGGAGCCCCCAUGKCGAACGCGGCCACCCAGUCUAAACCCCUCCACAUCGGAAACGCUGCGCGGCUGGGGCUGGAGGCGGCUCUGCUGUCCUCAAUAGGACUGGAGGCCUCGCCCAGGGUCCUGGAUGACACCGCCGGUGUCGCGGGGUUCAGCGCCUUCUACGAGGACUACGCCCCACAACCUUUGACCUCUCCAGAGGAUGCGGGGUUGCGGUUCCUACUGGAGGACCAGGACAUGGGGUUCAAGAGGUUCCCGGCCCACCUGGGGAUGCACUGGGUGGCCGACGCUGCUGCCUCAGUGCACAAGCUACUGCUGGGGGAGCUGGGGUCACAGGGGAUGGGGCAAGGGUCACAGGUCGUAGGUCUGGUCCAGGACAUCUUGCUGAGGGUUCCCCACUCCAAGUACAUUAACCGUCCAUUCCCGGAGUCAGAGCACCAGGCCAGACACUCCUUCCAGUUCAAUGCCUGCUCUGUACUGCUGGACGGGGAGGUCACCGUGUUCUCAUUCUCACAGGAGGCACUACAGCGACCUGACCUGCUGGCCUUGCUGGGGCGUGUCCGCGUUGAGCAUCCCCAAGACAACCCGGCUAACUUCGACCGCAUGUAUGGCGAGGUGCAGGUGACGCUGGUGGGUGGGGAUGUGCUGAAGGGACGCUGUGAUACUUUCUAUGGUCACUGGCGCAACCCGCUGACCAAUGAGAGCCUGAGGAAGAAGUUCCGUAGCAACGCGGGUGCGGUCCUACCCAGGGAAAAGGUGGAGGGGCUGAUUGAGGCUGUAGAGGGACUGGACAGACUGGAGGACUGCUCUCCUCUACUGGCACAGCUGCAGUGAAACACACACACACACACCACAGACGUGCACACAUACCUAC